AUGAAACAACCCCAUAAUCCGGUUUUAUGGAAUUUGUAUUCGACUUGUACAUAUUUACGAGUUUAUAAACCACCACUCGACGUUGCAGACAAAAAAAUAAACAAUUAUGUAAAAGUUAAAGACUUUUGGAUGAAAGGGGGUUUUGAGACUAUACGUGAUUUCAUCGCUGUAGACGAUCAAACGGAUGAGGGUGAAACGGUGAAAAGCGACAACCCUAACACGCCAGAUUUAACGCGACCCAAACAUCCACGUAUGGGUGUCAUCGCUGUCGAUAGUGAAGCGGGUAAAGAAUUCUAUAGUAUACCUGUGGAAUGGAUUCCACGAGUGGCGGUUUGUGAGGACGGUCUGUUUGUAUUAAAACCGUUCGAGUUUUGUUGUCGUGAAAUCUUGGCACGCUCAAAGACACAGUUGGUACGUUGUCAGUCUUUAACAGUAUCGGACAAAUACUAUGUAGAUAAACAUUAUUUUCAUGUUGGUUGCGGUGACUGUAAUGAAGAUAAUUCUCAGAUUGAAGUGUUCGCCGCUACACACUUGUAUGUGGGGUUAAAAAGUAUUAUGCGCUAUUUUAACACUGGCCUGUAUGUGAAUAUGGGGGAAAUGCUGAUGGUACUUGAUUGUAAUGAUGAAAAUUUGAAAUUUUAUCAUAAAGAAGUACGUUAUGAAGAAUCGUCAAUAAUUGUAAUAUAUACCCCUGUAGAAAAAAAGGGUACGUAUAUUCGUAAAUAUCUUGCACAUAUCGUAGUAUGUAAAAAGUGUAUUAGAUAUCUUCAAGAUUUUUUAACCCUAUUAGAUCAGAGUGUGGAAAAUCAUCCAUUUUCCGCAUAUGACGAGGUGGAUUGUGAUGGGUAUAACCAUCUGGGGUUACCUGUCCUACGAUACAUAUUAGAUGCUGAUUUUGAUAGUUUAGCAGCGAAAGCGUAUUAUGGUGUUAUAGAUGGAGACCUAGACACACCUUGUAUGUAUGUGGAUGCUUUUAUGCAUACGUAUGUUGUAAAACAUGUUUGA